AGGAAGCGGGCGGUAGAGGCAGCAGCAGGGGCAUCGGGAGGAGGCAGCGGGAGAACUAGGAUUAUCGGAAGGUCAACAGAAGCUAACUGAGAAGGAGAAAAAGAGCCUUGGCCAUCUGCCUCCAAAGAACGAUACGUCGCGGACUCGAUCUCAGCUUAGGUUUCCGGCAUUCCCCAGCUUAGGCUGAGGCAGCGGCUGACAAAGGGCUCGCGCCGGUGCCGCCGCCCUUCUCAUCCGGGCAUUCGGGUCCCUGCGGAGCGGGAGGGGGAAGGGCAGAGGGGGAAGGGAAGGAGCAGGAAGGGCGCGCGCUAGGAGCCGAGGCCCUCUCCAGGGCUCCGGGCCGGCGGCCUAACGGACGGAGGCCGAGGAGGACCUGCAGAGGUGGCGGCGGCCGGGGGCAGGAGGAUGGUGCAGAAGGAGAGCCAGGCGGCGCUGGAGGAGCGGGAGAGCGAGCUCAACUCCAACCCUGCCGCCUCCGCAGGGGCAUCGUUGGAGCCGCAGGCAGCUCCAGCCCCGGGAGAAGACAACCCAACCGGGGCCGGGGGAGCAGCGGUCGCCGGGGCGGCAGGAGGGGCUCGGAGGUUCCUAUGUGGCGUGGUGGAAGGAUUUUAUGGAAGACCAUGGGUUAUGGAACAGAGAAAAGAACUCUUUAGAAGGCUCCAGAAAUGGGAAUUAAAUACAUAUUUGUAUGCUCCAAAAGAUGACUACAAACAUAGGAUGUUUUGGCGAGAGAUGUAUUCAGUGGAGGAAGCCGAGCAACUUAUGACUCUCAUCUCUGCUGCACGGGAAUAUGAGAUAGAGUUCAUCUAUGCUAUCUCACCUGGAUUGGAUAUUACUUUUUCUAACCCCAAGGAAGUGUCUACAUUGAAACGCAAACUGGAUCAGGUUUCUCAGUUUGGAUGCAGGUCAUUUGCCUUGCUUUUUGAUGAUAUUGACCAUAAUAUGUGUGCAGCUGACAAAGAGGUAUUCAGUUCUUUUGCUCAUGCCCAGGUCUCCAUCACAAAUGAAAUUUAUCAAUAUCUAGGAGAGCCAGAAACUUUCCUCUUCUGUCCCACAGAAUAUUGUGGCACUUUUUGUUAUCCAAAUGUGUCUCAGUCUCCUUACUUAAGGACUGUGGGUGAAAAGCUUCUACCCGGAAUUGAGGUGCUUUGGACAGGUCCUAAAGUUGUUUCUAAAGAAAUUCCAGUAGAGUCCAUUGAAGAGGUUUCGAAGAUAAUUAAGAGAGCUCCAGUAAUCUGGGAUAACAUUCAUGCUAAUGAUUAUGAUCAGAAGAGACUGUUUCUGGGCCCAUACAAAGGAAGAUCCACAGAACUCAUCCCACGAUUAAAAGGAGUCUUGACUAAUCCAAAUUGUGAAUUUGAAGCCAACUAUGUUGCUAUCCACACCCUUGCCACCUGGUACAAAUCAAACAUGAAUGGAGUAAGGAAAGAUGUAGUGAUGACUGAUAGUGAAGACAGUACUGUAUCAAUCCAGAUAAAGUUAGAAAAUGAAGGCAGUGAUGAAGAUAUUGAAACUGAUGUACUCUAUAGUCCACAGAUGGCUCUGAAGUUAGCUUUAACGGAAUGGUUGCAGGAGUUUGGUGUACCUCAUCAGUACAGCAGUAGGCAGGUUGCACACAGUGGCGCUAAAGCAAGUGUAGUUGAUGGGGCUCCUCUAGUUGCAGCACCGUCUUUAAACGCCACAACUGUAGUUACGACUGUUUACCAGGAGCCCAUUAUGAGCCAGGGAGCAGCCUUGAGUGGUGAGCCUACAGCCCUGACCAAGGAAGAAGAAAAGAAACAGCCAGAUGAGGAACCCAUGGACAUGGUAGUGGAAAAACAGGAAGAAACAGACCACAAGAAUGACAAUCAAAUACUAACUGAAAUUGUUGAAGCUAAAAUGGCAGAGGAAUUGAAACCAAUGGACACUGAUAAAGAAAGCAUAGCUGAAUCAAAAUCCCCAGAGAUGUCUAUGCAGGAAGAUUGCAUCAGUGAUAUUGCCCCUAUGCAGACUGAUGAACAGACAAACAAGGAGCAGUUUGUGCCUGGCCCAAAUGAAAAGCCUUUGUACACUGCAGAACCAGUGACUCUGGAGGAUUUGCAGUUACUUGCUGACCUUUUCUACCUUCCUUAUGAGCAUGGGCCCAAAGGAGCGCAGAUGUUACGGGAAUUCCAGUGGCUUCGAGCAAAUAGCAGUGUUGUCAGUGUCAAUUGCAAAGGAAAAGACUCUGAAAAAAUUGAAGAAUGGCGGUCACGAGCAGCCAAGUUUGAAGAGAUGUGCGGACUAGUGAUGGGAAUGUUCACUCGGCUCUCCAAUUGUGCCAACAGGACAAUUCUUUAUGACAUGUACUCCUAUGUUUGGGAUAUCAAGAGUAUAAUGUCUAUGGUGAAGUCUUUUGUACAGUGGUUAGGGUGUCGUAGUCAUUCUUCAGCACAGUUCUUAAUUGGAGACCAAGAACCCUGGGCCUUUAGAGGUGGUCUAGCAGGAGAGUUCCAGCGUUUGCUGCCAAUUGAUGGGGCAAAUGACCUCUUUUUUCAACCACCCCCACUGACUCCUACCUCCAAAGUUUAUACUAUCAGACCAUAUUUUCCUAAAGAUGAGUUCGUAAAGUGCUUCCAGGCUGUUGAUAAUCAGCUACAGAAAAAGGCUUCCGUGUACAAGAUUUGCAGAGAAAUGUAUGACGAUGGAGUUGGUUUACCUUUUCAAAGUCAGCCUGACCUUAUUGGAGACAAGUUAGUAGGAGGGCUGCUUUCCCUUAGCCUGGAUUACUGUUUUGUCCUAGAAGAUGAAGAUGGCAUAUGUGGUUAUGCCCUGGGCACUGUAGAUGUGACCCCCUUCAUUAAAAAAUGUAAAAUUUCCUGGAUUCCCUUCAUGCAGGAGAAGUAUACCAAACCAAACGGUGAUAAAGAACUCUCUGAGGCUGAGAAAAUAAUGUUGAGUUUCCAUGAAGAGCAGGAAGUACUGCCAGAAACUUUCCUUGCCAAUUUCCCUUCUCUGAUAAAGAUGGAUAUUCACAAAAAAGUAACUGAUCCAAGCGUAGCCAAAAGCAUGAUGGCUUGCCUUCUCUCUUCACUGAAAGCCAAUGGGUCCCGAGGGGCUUUUUGUGAAGUGAGACCUGAUGAUAAAAGAAUUUUGGAAUUUUACAGCAAGUUGGGCUGUUUUGAAAUUGCAAAAAUGGAAGGAUUUCCAAAGGAUGUGGUUAUACUUGGUCGGAGCCUGUGACAUUUGUCGGCACUAAGAACUGUCGGGAAGUCUUAACUUCACCUGGUGGGUGGUGGUUGGGGUCUUCAUACAGCUCAGCCUCUGGAGCGGCAAUGAAUCAGCCAAUUCAGAUUGGAAACAAAGAGGACUGUGUAAAACUCACUCAUCAUACUUAGAGACUACUUACUCACUGGUUGGAAGAAGAUAAUACUGCUGCGAAUCCUGUAGGAAAGAGAUUUGGGCCUCCUUGUUGGGUUUUGUGUUCGGUGCCAGGACCUCGUACACGGGCUUACCGGGAGGGGUCUUCAAUAAAUGCAGUCAGCACUGUUUUCUGCA